AUGCAUAAAAUGAACAGUGUGCACGCCAAAAAAAAAGUUCGCCAGUAUUCAGAUGAGUACUUGCUGUUUGGGUUCAUACCAGCGACUCAUGAUGAAAGGUUGCCUUUUUGUCUGUUGUGCCACCAAUGUUUGACUAAUGAAUCCAUGAAGAGAGGUCGUCUCGAAAAUCUUUUGAAGGCAAAACACAGUAUUCAUGUUAAUUCAAAACUGGAGUAUUUUAGAUCCCUAAAGGAGAAGUUUGAAAAAAGAUCAACAAUAAAUUCAUUGUUCUCUGCAAGAAGUGCAAGCAAGGAUCGUGGUCUUGAGGCUAGUUAUGAAAUUUCUCUUCUCAUAGCAAAAUGUGGCAAAAAUCAUACAAUAGGGGAGAAUUUAAUUAAGCCUGCAAUAUCAACUUUUCUGAAAGUAGUUCUUGAAAAAGAUGACCAAGAUCUCAAAAGCAUGCCGCUCAGUAAUAAUACUGUUAGUAGCAGGAUUGAUGAAAUGAGUUGUGAUGUAGAAGUACAACUUGUUGAAAAAUUAAAAUAUACAAAUUUUUCAAUACAGUUGGACGAAUCAACUGUAAGAGAUAGUGAAGCUCUGUUAAUGGCCUAUGUAAGAUAUGUUGAUAAUUGA